GUCGAGCAGCUUUUUACUUUUGCAAAGACACCUCAUCUCCACUACUACUUUGCCCAUGUGCACCGGUGAGCAGAAGCGAACGAGGCGUCCGGAAUGCACGUUUGCAGAGCUCGUCAACGAAAAAGAGACCGCCAUGUUGUGCAGUCAUGGGACUGCUUUGUCCCUGUCCGUCGUACGAUGUUGGCCCGCUUUCAACAAGGCUGUACAACAUGUUUAGCGAAAGAGCUUGGAAGCGCCAUCGGCUUCUAAAACUUCUCCAUAAGUGGCACACGCGGUAGAGACUUCAUGCCACAGCGGCUACUAACCUGUCUCGUUCGCGAGAGUCGCCACUUGGCGGAUUUCGUCCAUGCAGAACGCAGAACGAACGGGAUAUUGUCAGGGAAAGGGGCCGAAAGCCAUCUUUUGAAUCAUGACCUGACGCCAUUGCAGAACUCAGCCCAGUGGGUGUGAGGCUCUUGUUCAGCCAGGUCAACAUGUUAAAUUGCUGGGGAUACUUUCCCACCGUUCCAUCCUGAUCUUUCGUUGCUUCCUUUUCACAUUCUCUUGCAUCAUUCAAUUCAAUUCUUUACCCUUUCAUAACCAAAUUUCUUUCAUCGCAGCCCUCUUGUUCUCUAUCGAGUUUAUCGGGAUGGGCGACUCCCACAUAGUUCCCAUGCCGAAAGGCUUCCUCGCCGUGCGCAUACUGCAGAUCGUUUUCGCCCUCAUCGUCGUGGGCUUGACUGCAUUUUUGAUCUCAAACACGAUUGGCUUUGUCUUUAGCGCGACCGCCUUUGGCAUAUUCUGUGGCAUUUUGACCCUCAUCAUCGUCACCUACGACCUAGUUGCAGAGAAGGCCGCGAAGGCAGCCUACAACAUGUGGGCAGUCCUUGCAUUGGACAUUCUCAUGGUCAUCUUCUGGCUCUCUGCAAUGGGCUCUAUGGCUGCGCUCCGCGCCGCAUUCACGGUUCCCGUGACCAUAACCACCUACAAGCGCGUAAUCACAAAACGUUAUUACUACGCCUGGGCCGGUAACACAUACCUUGCCAUCCUUGCAGGCGCGGCUGGUGUUUCUGCUAUUGAAUUGAUUCUCUUCAUAAUCUCCCUGAUCAUGUUUGGCGCGCGCCUUCAUCGUCACCGUACUUCCUCCAGAGGGACCACAAACAAUGGUCUCGGCGCCAGUAACGUAAGCCCGGAGAAGAUCGAGAUGCAGCCUGGUGCACAGCAGUAUCAAGCGCCGCCUCAGCAGGCACCAUCACCAGCACCAACACCGGCACCGGCACAAAUGCCAGCUCCCUCAGCCUACCCCAACUAUCAACCGCCUGCAAUGCAGUCGACGCAGCCAAUGCAGCCGCAACACAACGACUCUCAUUUUACGCCAGCAUCACCCAUCUACACAGGUCAACCUCCAUAUCAGCCGGCGAUGAGCCCCCCACCGCAAGGCUACCCGUCUCCAACGGCCUCACCGCAACCGCAGUUCGUUCAGCCAAUGCCCCAGUACCUGGCAACACCUCCUCCACAGGGCUACCACGAGGCUCCGGGGCACCCUCAAGGGCCGCGUUGACGAGCAACAAUGGAGCACACCACCGCGCGUUCAGACAUCUUGCUCUCGCGCACGUGGUUCAUGUACUUUUUAGAUCGGAAACGCAUUGGCACGCAGCAAAAUGUCAUUUCAAAACCUCCGUCGCUCCAGUGACC